UGGGCAGAUGCGGGCUCCACUAAUUUUGUAGCUUUCUCUGUUUCUUUUUACCCCACCGCCUUCUCUCUCUGUUUUAUUUUUGCCUGCGUUUGUGGGGGAUAAAUCGGUGACCCUGUUGCAGAACCCAAAUCACAGAGAAACUAAGAAAGCCAGAGUCUUCCAAGGGGGGGAAAAUUGCUUCUUUUUCUUCAAGGGUUGUUUGAAUUGCAAGAACAUGCAAUUUCUUGUCUUUUGCUUCUCAUUCAUUUCAACCAUUCAGAGUUUUAGCUUAAACUCAUCAUCACCCGCUCGCUUCCCGCCGUAAUAGACAUGCAAAUGAUGUUUCUAACCAGUUUUCUUGUGUGGAUCUAGCUUCAUGGAUCUGCAAAAUAUAUGGACGAGGCAAGUGAUUAUCGCUGUUGGGAUGAGCUGAUACCAGAUGCCCUUGCUCUAAUCUUUAGAAAUCUUUCUCUACAAGAGAUACUAACAGUGAUCCCAAGGGUUUGCAAAUCAUGGGGCAGAGCAGUUUCAGGGCCAUAUUGUUGGCAAGAGAUAGACAUCGAGGAAUGGAGUAAAAGUCGCCAGCCUCACCACCUUGAUCGCAUGCUUCGAAUGUUGAUCACUCGAAGCUGUGGAUCCCUCCGCAAGCUCUCUGUCACUGGCAUUUCCAAUAAUUCUAUUUUCUCAUUCCUCGUUGAGCAUGCUGGAUCCCUUGAGAAUUUGCAAGUGCCAAGAAGCGAAAUAAGCGAUUCAAUUGUUGAGCAGAUUGCUGGAAAACUUUCAACAAUCACUUUCUUGGAUGUGAGCUAUUGCAAUAAAAUCGGUGCUCAAGCUUUAGAGACCAUUGGAAAACAUUGUAAAUUGCUUCUGGUCCUGUACCGGAACAUGGAGCUAUCAUCUUCAGCAGACCAGUUCCCACUAGAUGAUGAGGCUCGUGCCAUUGCUGCCACUAUGCCUAAGCUGAAGCAUUUAGAAAUUGCUUACCAUCGCCUCAGCGGCAAAGAAAGCGUGUUGAAGAUCCUUUCAAGCUGCCCUGAGCUCGAGUUUGUGAAUUUGACAGGAUGCUGGAAUGUGAAACUUGAUAGCAACUUCCUCAAGGAGAAGUUCCCAAAAGUGAGAGUUUUGGGGCCUCAUCUACUAGAGGAUCUACUAGACGCUGCUGAGCGCUUUGCUCGUAUUGAUGAAAUGUGGGAUGAUGAGCAAAGGCUGGAGGAGCUUGAGUUCAGGUUCUAUGAAGGAAUUGAGUAUGCUGAAUUAUAUGGUUGGCCUCCAUCUCCAUAGUAUCAUUUAUUCACUUCUCUGUUAUUUGUAGGGUGCUUCCUUCAUGCUUUAUGAAUAUGUAUGUUUCAAUAGGAAUGAAGUUGUAUGCUUUGUGUC